AUGGCUCAGAACGGCAACGGCGAGGCCCCUCAGUUCCUCAGCACCAUCCCCCAGGAGGGCCAUGACUUCAAGAUUUCCCUGAAGGACAAGGUCAUCGCUAUCUCGGGUGCCAACCAGGGUAUCGGUCUGGGUAUCGCCGAGGUCUGCCUCGUCAACGACGCCGCUGCCGUCUACAGCUUGGACAUCUCCUCCCCCGGCGAUGACUUCGCCGCCCUGAGCAAGCGCUUCCCUGGCAAGCUCGACUUCCAGAAGGCCGAUGUCACCGACUACAAGAGCGUCGAGAGCGCCAUCAACGCCAUCGUCGAUGCCAAGGGCCGCUUCGACGGCAUGGUCGCCAACGCCGGCGCUACCAAGCACCAGCCCGCUCUGGACUUCACCCCUGAGCAGUUUGACUUCCUCUUCAAGCUCAACGUUACCGGCUCCUGGAACUGCGCCACUGCCGCCGCGAGGACGUUCAUCAGACUCGGCUGCAAGGGCAGCAUCGUCUUCACUGCUUCCAUGACUUCCUACAGACCCAACCGCGCCGCCCCCUCUGCGCCUUACGGUGCCACCAAGGGUGCUAUCCGCAACAUGACGCACACCCUGGCCAUGGAGUGGGCUCAGCACGGCAUCCGUGUCAACUCCAUCUCCCCUGGCUUCGUCAAGACGGCUCUGACCUACUACGUCGAGACCUCUCCCGACUGGGACACCAAGAUGAAGUACUACGGCGGUAUGCCCCGCCUGGCUCUGCCCCAGGAGCUGGGAGGUGCCUACGUGUACCUGUUGAGCGAGACGGCUACUUACACCACUGGUAUUGAUAUCCCUAUCGCGGGUAUUGUUGGCGCUUGGUAA